CCGCGCCCGCCCGCCCCCGCCCGGGGGUCUCUCCCGGGGGCCCCCGCCGCCGCCCCCUCGCACAUGAAGAUGUACGUGCAAAGGGCUCUGGUGCUGCUCUCCCUGCUGAGCUUCGCCACCGUGAGCCUCUCGCUGUCCUCCUGCACCACCUUGGACCUGGACCACAUCAAGAAGAAGAGGGUGGAAGCCAUCCGGGGGCAGAUCCUGAGCAAGCUGCGGCUCACCAGCCCCCCGGAGACCGUGGGGCCGGCCCAUGUGCCCUACCAGAUCCUGGCCCUCUAUAACAGCACCCGGGAGCUGCUGGAGGAGAUGGAGGAGGAGAAGGAGGAGAGCUGCUCUCAGGACAACACCGAGUCCGAAUACUAUGCCAAAGAGAUCCAUAAAUUUGACAUGAUCCAGGGCCUCCCCGAGCACAAUGAGUUGGGCAUUUGUCCAAAAGGUGUCACCUCCAACGUGUUCCGCUUUAAUGUGUCCUCGGCAGAGAAGAACAGUACCAACUUAUUCCGGGCCGAGUUUCGGGUGCUGCGUGUGCCCAACCUGAGCUCCAAACGCAGCGAGCAGCGCAUUGAGCUUUUCCAGAUCCUUCAGCCGGAUGAGCACAUAGCAAAGCAGCGCUACCUCAGUGGCAGGAAUGUGCAGACACGGGGCUCCCCUGAGUGGCUGUCCUUCGAUGUCACCGAGACUGUGCGUGAGUGGCUUCUGCACAGAGAGUCCAACCUUGGCCUGGAAAUUAGUAUACACUGUCCUUGCCAUACUUUUCAGCCCAACGGAGACAUCUUGGAGAAUUUGCACGAGGUCUUGGAGAUCAAGUUCAAAGGCAUUGACAGUGAGGAUGACUACGGCCGUGGGGACUUGGGGCGCCUGAAGAAGCAGAAGGACUUGCAUAAUCCCCACCUCAUCUUGAUGAUGUUACCCCCACAUCGGCUGGAGAGCCCAGCGUUGGGAGGCCAAAGAAAGAAACGGGCCCUGGAUACCAACUACUGUUUCCGGAACCUGGAGGAGAACUGCUGUGUGCGUCCUCUGUACAUCGACUUCCGACAGGACCUGGGCUGGAAAUGGGUCCAUGAGCCUAAGGGCUACUUUGCUAACUUUUGUUCGGGGCCUUGUCCAUACCUCCGCAGCGCAGACACCACUCACAGCACGGUGCUGGGCUUAUACAACACGCUGAACCCUGAGGCAUCCGCUUCGCCCUGCUGUGUCCCCCAGGACCUGGAGCCACUCACUAUCUUGUACUAUGUCGGGAGGACCCCCAAAGUGGAGCAGCUCUCCAACAUGGUGGUGAAAUCCUGCAAGUGCAGCUGAAAGGCACCCUGGCCCGCCCAAAGCCAAGAGAGAAACUGUCAGCACCCACUCUCCCGCUCCCAGGCUAACAAAAAAGGAACUGGGGGUCAGAGACUAUGUAUGCUGAGGGCCGAGUGCCAAACCCUGCGGCUUAGGGUCUGGCAGCCCUUGCGGAUCUCUUCUGGAACAUUUCUUGGUCUUGUUGGCAGUGUCGUGUUCCUUCUGGGAGUUACUCUGGUGAUACGAAGGCCACACUCUCCAAAAUGGCUGGACAGUUGGUGCGGAAGAGAAGGACAGGCUGGAGGAACUGCUGUGUAUUUGAAUGCUGGGUGGUUGAGCUGGGAAAGCGAGGGAAUGAGAAAGAGCAGGUGAAAGGGGGAAUGGAAAUGGGGUGAUGUUUUCUAUUCUAGCUUUAGCUAUCCUAGGGCCUCAGCCCUCCCCACUGGCCUGAAGAAUUAAAGGUUUCCUCUGUAAGAGGAAACCUUGAAAUUUUCUUUAGAGAAAGAAAAUGCACCAAGAAGGGAAGCUGCUGAGAGAACAAAUGCUCAGAGAUAUACUUAGACUUUUGUUCCUCAGAGCUGUGAUCCAGGAGUCGUGCAACUGAAACUCUAUGUCUGCCAAACCUUUAAGUUCAGUUGGCAGAUCCUGGCUAUUGGUUUCUAAAUGCAAACUGCAA